AUGCGAGGCAUGCGGUUGCUGCAUCUGUCGGAUGUCCACCUCAACGCCUUGUUUGAGGCAAAGUACGGAAGCGGUACCAACUGCAUGGCGCCCAAGUACCACACCCCGAAUGCUCCGCCGCCGCCAGGCCCGCCGCCACCGCCGGAUCACGUGGCGGUCGUUCGGUGCGAUACCUCGCCGGCUGUCUUGACCUCAGCGCUGGAUGCUGUCAACGCCCUGGACGAGCCCAUCGACUUUGUCCUGCUCACUGGUGACCUCUCGGCCCACGGCUACGUGUCGUCGGAACUUGCGCUGGCGGCCAUUGCCAAUGCCAGUGCUGCCAUCGACGCCAAGCUCGGCCAGCACCCGAUUGUGCCUACCAUCGGCAACGAUGAUUGCUAUCCGGACUACUUUUUGCCGCUCACGCCCAACGCGCCCUGGCUGGCCAAGCUCGCCGAGGUGUGGGCACCAUGGCUCGCCCGCUUUGCCGGUGCGCGCGACUCGUUCCUCCAUGGCGGCUACUUUGAAGCCGAGCUCGCGCCGAGCCUCCGCGUCCUCUCGCUCAACACCAUCUACUACUCGAUCUCGCACCUGCCCAGGCCGGCACAGCCGGUGGCUGAUCCACUGGGCCAGUUUGCCUGGCUCGAAGCCCGCCUCGCCGCCGCCCGCGCCGCCGGCUCGUACCACAUCUACCUCAUGGGCCACAUCCCGCCUGCCGUCUCCGAGUUUCAAGGCUCGGCCAUGUGGGACGCGGCCUACGCCGAUCGCUACGUCAAGCUGGUGGCAAGCUACGCAGACGUGGUUGCUGGCCAGUUCUUUGGCCACACCCAUCGCGAUGAGUUCCGCCUCCUCUUCCGCGAGGAAUCGUCCGUCUCGUCGGCCCUCAUCGCUGGCUCGCUCUCCAUGGUCUUUGUCAACAACCCGUCGUUUAAGGUCGUCGACGUCACCGGCGCUCCCGAGUCGUGGAUUCCGACCAACCUCACCGCGUACUACCUUGACGCCACGAAUCCGGCAGCACUCGCGCCAUGGCGUCCCGAGUACGUCUUCUCCAACGCCUACCCGCCGGCUUCGCCGCACGGACUCUCACCGGCGGGCCUCCUCGCCCUCUAUGGCGCCUUUCCGCAGUAUCCCGACCUCGUCACCGCCUUUUCAGGUCACCGUUGGGCCGACUACGUAACCGCCGACACCCCGGAAGGCUUUGCCGUCCUCUGCUCGCUUGCCACCGCCAGCAUCACCGACUACUCCGAGUGCGUCCGCGACCACAAGCUGCCCAUGCCGCAUCCGCUUCCUGCAACGAGCGCGUCGUCGGCUGCCGCUCCGCACGGCCGCAAGGACAACCCGCCUGUCGCCGUCGUCGCAGGCAUCGUGGCAGGCACCAUCAUCAUUGCCAUCGCCGUCGUCGCUUCCGCCUUUUGGGUCCGCUACCGCAGCGGCGCCCGUUCCCACGCCACCCUCGUCGCCGCCCGCCCGCGCUCCGCCCGCCCCUCGUCACGCGCCCUGCUCAUCAACGACGCGCCAGCCUAUGGCUCGGCAAGCUCGGCAGAGGAUGCCCUUUACUCGUCGAUUCCGAGCGUGGUGGCGUAGUCGGCACUUGCCAGCAUUUUACUGCUAAUUUCGUGCAGAACUCACACGCGCGCCUCGUCCGAGUAAAAGCCAGAGCCGGA